GUGACGACUUUUCAUUUUAUUACAGGGUAAAACUUCUUCGUGAACAAAAGGAAAAGCAGUUAGAAGACCUUAAUCACUGUCGAGAAGAAAAGAAGGAUCUACGGGAAAUGGCAGAACGGCUUGCUGAAAAGUAUGAGGAAGCUAGAGAGAAGCAGGAUGAUCUCAUUAGAAGAAUGAAGAAAGUGUUGCACAAUUUUCAUAUGCAGCUUCCUGUCUUGUCCGACAGUGAGAAAGACAUGAAAAAGGAGUUGCAGUCAAUAAAUGACCAGCUACGGCACCUGGAAAAUAAAAUCAAACAGAUUCAGAUGAAGAUGGAGUAUCAGAAGAAACAGAUGGAUAAACAAGAUAUUCCACGCAAAGCCAGCACUUCUCUCAGUGCUUAUCAGAAGACAUGCAUACAGUCGGUUUUGAAAGAAGAGAAUGAACACAUAGCUGAAAUGGUAAAACAGAUAAACGACAUCAAGAGCCGUGUGACUUUUUAAAAGACAACACUGCACCCACUGGGUGGGAAUUUUCUCUAAUAAAAAAAAAACUUUCGUAAAUCUGUAUUUAAAAAUGAAAACUUGUAUUUUUGUUUUCUUAUUGAAUUAUUUUUGUAUAAUGCUUUUUAAAGUAUUAUGUACAGAAUGUUUUUUGAGAUGCAACUUCCUCCUGUGGUUCUGUUUAACUUUAAAAUUAUACUGAAGCACAUUAAGGUAAAAUGUAGAUUUAUAUAAAAAGCUAGAGAUUUUUUUAAGGGAUUCCUGUAACUCACUGUAAUGUGCGCUGGUUUUGUUGUACAGCUUUGUAUGUAGAAAUGAAAACCAGACCAUAUUUCUGACCUAGUUUAAGAAUGCAAGACAGCUAUUAAAUGCAUUUCUGUAGUUGUCUAUAAGUGGAGUACAAAUAUGCUAAACUCAUAAAUGUUUUGCAUUGUAAAUUUUAUCAUUAUAUGAAUAAAUAUUUUUAUGGAGAA